GGAUAGCAACAUCGUGAAGACAAUCUGAUAUUAAGCUACUAUUGAUCUGAUUUAACUGUCUUAUAGAAUGGAUUUCUUUAAAAAAAAUUACCAACAGUGUGGCAUUGAAGUGGCUGUUUAGCAUAUCUUCUGAGAUGACAAGUUGUUGAACUUACUGGUUAUAUUUUGGUUGGUGAGCUGAUGUAUGUAACUGGCGAGUCGAUAGGAGUACUACUGCCAUCUCUUCCGAAGCUUUCGAAAUCAUUUUGAAAUAGAUAUUGACUUUGGUGACUUGUGCAACUAGCAUGCACCACAGAGGGAGAGAAGAAGGCUUUAUUUUUAUCGACUUAUCUUAUUUAUUUUGAGUAAUAUCUUUGGAGCCCAGUGUAUAACCGAAAGGCAAGCAAAUUUGAGGGUAUUCUGAGUAUUUCAGCACCAGGUUGAAUUGAAUACGAUGACUGAGGAUGUUUUAUUAAUUGAUUUUAUAUUACUCCAAAGCAACAUUGCCAAAUAAGCGCGUGUGUGAGUAGUGAGAAACAUAGCAUUCAGUAACCGUUUGUUAUUUCGUAGUACUUUUCCAAUGUGAAAUAGAAAGUUAAAAUCUCUACAACACGUUCUUUAGACACCGAAUAGCCUCUAGUCCUUUUAAUACGAAUAGGAAUAUACCAAAUGCAUGAUUUUUUUUUUUUUUUUUUUUACAAAACAACAGCAACAACAAGAGCAAGAAUCAUUGCAUUUGUUCAGACAUCACACUUAUCCACAAAUAUACCUAAACUAAUCUAUAUGCUCCUGAACGAAAAACAUACGAGUUUUAGAAGGAAUGCUUGGGUCCAGCAGCUUUGGCACGUCUUACGUUCAAGGUCGACGGAUGUGUGCAGGACAGUUGCAGAGGAGGAAAGUGCGCCGUGAAGGUUCUGCUUGUUACUAAAGAGCAGAUGUUAUUGUUGGAUCCCUCUGCAUGGUGUUGAUCAUUCUAUUCCAAUUGUACUUACAAUGUGAUUAAGCUUUAGAUACGAACUAAAUGAGAUGCGGGUGGCACUUACCUUUCUCUUUGUGGCACUCACGGGCGUGUCUCUCGGGAACCUGGCUGCCCUUGAGAGGCCUUACAAAAUCCUCAUGCUGCUGCCCGCGGGGUCGAAGAGCCACAAAAACUUCUUCAUGAGUAUUGCCGAUGCAUUGGCUGAGCGAGGACACAGGGUAGUGAUGCUUUCUGGGUAUCCUGCGUCCUCCAAGAACCCCAACAUCUUGGAGAUCAACCACGGGCUCAAGGAAUUCGAUGUCGAGAACAUGAACUUAUUUGAUUUCCGAAAUGAUCCCACGGGAGGCUUUUCUAUCCUGGUGGAUAUCCUUCCUCCUAUGGCCAAGAAAUUAUACAAUAUCCCAGAGGUGAUGGAGCUGUACCACAAGAGGAAGACGUUUGAUCUCAUUAUUGUAGAUCAAUUGAUGAACGAGAUGGUCUACCCGUUCGUACACGAACUUACGUACAUGACAAUAUCGGCCUUCGGGAUGGACGCGUGCCACAGCGCCGUGCUGGGCAACGUCCAGAACCCGGCCUAUGUCUCUGGGGCGCUGGAGGAGUACCCGAGCCCACUCAGUUUGAAGCACCGCCUUUUGAAUCUACUGCAGCACAUUUUGAUGCCCUUUUACUGGAGGCAUUGGGGUGCUGUGCCUAAAAUCCAGAAGGAGAUCUCAGGCAUCUUCCCGGACCUUCCGCCGCUGCUGGACAUCGAGCGCAACCAGAGCCUGACGCUGAUCAACUCGCACUUCUCGAUGGACGCGGCUGUUCCUCUGCUGCCGUCGCAGGUGGCGGUGGGCGCCGUCCACUGCCGCCCCGCGAAUCCCCUUCCGAAGGAACUAGAAACCUGGAUCUCCGGCGCAGGACCAGAGGGCGUCGUGUACUUCAGCCUGGGAACCGUUGCUCGCGGUACCUCCAUGCCAGUCGUGUACAGAGACAUGUUUGUCGAAGCCUUCAAGAGGCUGAAGCAGAGAGUCAUUUGGAAGUAUGACGUAGAACUGGAUGGCAUCUCGGACAACGUGCUGAUACAGAAGUGGCUUCCGCAGCAGGAUAUAUUAGGUCACCCCAACGUGAAAGUGUUUAUCACCCACGGAGGCCUUCUCAGCACCCAAGAAUCCCUGUACCACGCCACGCCCGUCGUCGCUCUGCCCAUCUUCGCGGACCAACCGAAGAAUGCACUGACUAUUCAGAAGCAAGGCGUUGGCGUCAGUCUGGUGUGGGAGGAACUGUCAGUCGACCUCAUCAUUGAUUCUAUUCAAGAGGUCCUAAAUAACCCCAAAUAUAAAAGAAAUGCUGAACAGGUGAGGAAUUUAGUGCGCGACCAGCCAGACACACCCAAGGAACGUGCAGUAUUCUGGAUCGAGUACGUGGUCCGCCACCAGGGAGCUCCUCGCUUAGAGAGUCAAGCAAAAAAGCUCACGUGGGUCGAGUUCCUCAUGCUAGACGUCCUGCUGGUGGUCCACGUCGUCGUGUACAUCGCCUUCUGCGUUCUGUCGUGGGUUGUGAGGGCGCUGAAAGGAAAGCUCUUUCCGCGCAAUGUGAAGAAGAAGAGGGACUGAAAGUGAUUUUUAGUGCACAUAUGUAUACAUAUGACGAUGUAUAUUUGUGUGUGUGUGUGUGUGUGUGUGUGUGCGUGUGUGUCUCUACGUGCGUGCGUGCUUGUGUGUGCCUGUGUGAAGAAAAAAAAAACAUACACAAUUACAUAUAUGCAUCACAUUUGUAACUUACUUGUAUGUUUUCUUUCGGUGAUGCUCUCCAAGAAGCAGCAGAAAAAUAAAAUUUGGAUUUGGAUCUCG